GAUGGAAAUUAAUACCGAGCUCUCUAUAUUGUUCUUCAGAAUUUUUUACAGAAAUUAAUUGUCAAAUCUAUUAAUCUAAUUUACUGUGGGAUAAAGUGUAGAGUAAAAUGAUUAAAAAACAAAAGUGUAGAACAGAUCAUUUGGGUCGUUCAUUUUGAGUUGCUUGACUAUAAGGCCAAAUUGAGCCCGUUGGACAAGAAUCUCGUCAGGAAAUUGAAGACUUGUUUCGGUUUGGCAAGCCAACUGGUCUUGUCAAAUUGUUAGGGAAUUUUACAGUUGUUUCCCCCAAAAGAGCAUUGUCAAUUUGUCAUAGUCUUCUCUGCUCCCAGAUUCCUUUCUUUUCUGAGUUUUCUUCUCAUUCUCGCUCCUUAGUUUCAAACUGUUUUCUGCCCGAGAACUCCACUCCCUCGUAAAAAUCCACUCAAACAACUCAUCUUGCUUUGUCUUUGUUCUUCCCUUCCAACAAAAGCAACCCCAAUUUCCUGCCAUAAUGUUCUUCAGAAAGCUUCCAUCCGUAGGUUUGAUGGCGGACAGAGAUAGGCACCCCUUCAAACACAAAGGAGUACACAUCACAUCCGUUCAUACCCAGCUACUAAAGUACUUCCUCUACCUCUCUGUCUUGCUUCUCAUCUGGUCUCUUCUGCUCUUCUUCUCCUCUCCCUCAAAACUCUUCAAUUUUCAUCAGGUGCAAGUCCAGCAGUCCGACGGCCAUCCAGCACUUAACAAGGAGCCGAUCUGCGAUGGAAGCGUGUCGGUUUACGUCUACGAGCUGCCGGACAGGUUCAACCGUGGCCUCCUCCAGGACUGCCGACAUCUUAACAUCUACACUGACAUGUGCCCGCACGUUGCCAACCGCGGCCUAGGCCAGCCGCUCGAUAACAUGGGCUCGAGCUGGUUCGCGACACAUCAGUUCAUCGCCGAGAUGAUCUUCCACGCACGAGUAGAGGCCCAUCCCUGCCGGACUUUGGAUCCCGACAGAGCGAAUUUGUUCUAUGUGCCCUUCUACGGUGGGCUCUACGCGUCUAGCAAGUUCCGCGAACCCGAUCUGUCGGUSCGAGACACACUGGCGGUGGAUCUAGUAGAGUACCUGGGUCAGCAGCCUUGGUGGCACAGAUAUCACGGCGGAGACCACUUCCUGGCUUUAGGGAGGACAGCCUGGGACUUCAUGAGGAGCGAGGAUGGACCCGACUUUGGUGCUAAUUGUCUUCUCAACUUGCCACCUGUCAUGAAUAUGUCGGUGCUGACAGUGGAGAGGCAUCCGUGGCAAGGAUCAAAUCAGCAUGGAAUUCCGUAUCCUUCUUACUUUCACCCCUUAAAUUCCGAGGAAUUGCUGACGUGGCAAAACAUGAUGAGAACCAGCAGCCGGCCCUACCUCUUCUCCUUCGUGGGGGCCCCACGAACCGGUGUAGAAAAGGCUGCCAUCAGGGACGAGAUACUGAGGCAAUGCUCGGAGUCGACUCGGUGCAACCUCCUGAAGUGUGGAGUGGGGGCGAGUAAGUGCCAUGAGCCAAGUGAGGUGCUCAAUGUAAUGACGAGGUCCCAAUUCUGCAUGCAAGCUCCCGGCGACUCGUUCACUCGGCGAUCCACAUUUGAUUCUUUGCUUGCCGGUUGCAUCCCCGUCUUCUUUUCGCCCCACACGGCAUAUUCUCAGUACGCGUGGUACCUCCCGUCCGAGUCGAGUAGUCAGUACUCGAUCUUUCUGAGCGAGGAAAAUGCAACGCGGAUCGAGGAAGAGCUGCUUAAUAUUCCGGUGGACAGAGUGGAAAGAAUGAGGAGUGUCGUGAUUGACCUGAUCCCUAAGCUUACAUAUGUGCACCCUAACGCGACCGAUUGGAGAUUCCGUGAUGCCGUUGACGUUGCUCUGGCGGAAUUGGCGAAGCAUGUGCAAUCAAAAUUACUGAUUGCUUGAGUUCCUGAUCCUGCAYGUUUGAAUUUCUAGGUUGUGUUUGGUAUCAUUUUACUUCUCCUUGCAAUAAA